GAAUGUACCUACAUGUUUUCUGUUUGACCAGCUAACCGUGUUCUAGCCGGGCUGCAGAUUUAACCUGGUUUUGGACCGUGUUUGACAUCAGGUAAAGUAUGAAGCAGAGAGAGAGGCUGGGGGAGAAAUGGGCCCAGACUGGAUGGAGAAUAGAGCAGAAGUAUGGAAACAAGGUGCUGGUAGGAAACUGGGCUGAAGAGAGACUCCAGUUCACUCGGGAGCCAGAGACGGCCAAGAGCACCAAUCGCGCGGACUACCGGCCCCACUGGGACUUCAGGCCAGACGUGUCCCAGAGAGGAUGUGCCCUGCUGAGAGCUGAGGGGCUUCCGUACAAGCAGCUGUUUGGCCAUCGCCGUCCUGCCUCCUCUCAUUACUUGGUCACACAGUAUGAAGACAGCUACGGCAGAGAGCACACCCCCACUCUGCCCUCGCUGCAACCCCGGAGUCCGGGAGGCUCGACGAGGCAGCCCGAGAGGUCAGAUCAGCCGAUUCCUGACCUCCCCACCGACUCUGGCUUGCCGUGGUCCGCGAGGCGUCGUGUGGAAAAGCAGCGUCGCCCCCCCCCGUCGAUGACUGUGUACAGGUCAGCAUACCAGAGUCACCCACUUAGAGCCUUCUGCCAGAGCCGCUUCGCCAGGGCCUCCUGUGCGCUCUCCAGCCACCUCCACCCGGCCAAUCACGACAACAAGGACCUGGAUCUGAGGCGUCGCUCGCUGCUGCAGGUCCCUGAUCCUGGUUUGAGUCGACCUCAGCCGUGA